AUGCCUCAGGUCGUUACCGGAACGCUAUCUGCAUUCAACGGCGUCAAGUUUCUCUGUACCUUCACGAUCAAGGACGCCGAUGGCACGGAGUAUGAGCACACGUACUCUGGAGUCUGGGAGCCAUCCGUUCCCGACUUCACGGUCCCCAAGCUUCAACUCGAGUACAAUAACCGCGACCAGCUGAACGCUGCCCACGAGAUCUCAGGUCAUGUUGGAAAGGACGACGUGGUCCUGACCAUCAAGAACGGGCCCAAGCUCACCGGCUCUCUCCUGCAUGAGGUCGAUGUUGAGAUCGCCGUUAAGGGCAAUGGCGCCUGGGACAAGAACUAA